AUGGACCACAAACAGGACAUCGCAGGUUUGGUGGAAUCCGGUGCCUCCAAGCUUGGCAAAAUGGGCAAUCAAGACGAUCCAUCCACCAGCAAGCCCGUGGCCAAGUCCUUGGACAGCAUGGUCCGAGUCCUUUGCGACUUCACCGACACGAUUACCAUUCGUGUAAAAGAGAAAUACUUCAAAGUCCCCAGGGAUCUCCUCACCGCUACAUCAAUCUUCUUCGACGAGGAGCUCAGUUACAGCACACCGAAGAAGUUCUUCCUCGUCCUCGAUGACGUCGAUGCCGAUCUCUUCAACACAUACAUCAACAUGCUCUUUAAGUCGGCCUUCUCGCCAGGGUUCAGGGUUCGAAGCCGCAAUGCAUCGUCCGUUGCAAGUUCGACUGCCAACAUCGAGUUCCUCCUGCGACUCUGGCAGCUCUCCCACCGUCUCAACAGCUUCAGGAUGUGCCUUCUCGCGGAGGAGGCCUUGACGUCGCAGUACUUUGCCAAGUUCACCGCCAAGACAUGGGAGAUGGCAUACGUCAAAUGCACCGAGGCCCACCUGCGCCAGGUACUUUUGGCGCUGCAGAAGUGCUACACCCUUUGCACCGAUGAAUCGAUCCCGUUUGAGAGAGAGUUCGUUACCGCUUGCGCGAAAUGCCCUGGCCAGAUGGUGGCCACGUACUUCGACCAUCUCGAUCCUGGCUUCAGGGCCGAGAUUGUCAAGACCUUUGCGCUUCGCAUGGCAGACCCGGAGGUAACCCAGAAAAAGAGGGUCCGAGAAGACGGCGACGAGUCCAAGGCUUUGAAGAAGAGACGGUGCUGA